AUGAUGCUGGCAGAGACUUUCUUAACAACCUCCGUUUCCGAUGACAUCCUACGCAUACAGAAUUACACCCUGGUCAGACGCGACAGGCCAACUCAUGGCGGAGGCUUAGCAGCUUAUGUAAGAGAUCAUCUCCGAGCCCGAAUUGUGAAGGCUGACACCCAGGUGGAAAUGCUCAUGUUAGAGGUCAGUGGGCAGCGUUCCAAGGUUCUCCUUGGUGGUGUGUACCGUCCUCCAGGCACUCCUGUGCAAUUCUGGCAAGACUUGACGAAUGCACUAGACACUGUCAUCUCCACACUUCCCACAUCACCUCUGGUCCUUGUUGGAGACUUCAAUGUCGAUGUAAGCUCCCGCGACAGCCCCCAGCUAAACAGCUUGCUGCACCUGUGUAAUUCUUUCGACAUCAAGAACCAAGUGGACUGUCCUACCAGAAUUGGACCCCAAGGCAGCCAAACAACCCUGGAUCUCGCUCUGGUCGGAGACGAUCAUGUGAACUCUUGUGUCGUAGUACCUUGUACAAUCAGUGACCACUUCGCUCUGGCACUUGAUUUGCGACUCACAACGUCCUGCACACCGACCGUGCGACGUGGCCGUAACAUUGCAAGAAUUGAUAUGGGUCAAUUUGCACACCACCUUCUAAAUAGCGAUCUAGAGAACUUCUGCUUUGCGCGGACAGAAGAUGAAAUGUGGGAUAUGUGGCUGGAGAAACUUGUCGCGGCCUUGAACACUCAUGCUCCUAUCCGUCUACACCGCCCAAGAGCUCCUACCCGGAAAUCCUUCCCCUGGAAGACGCCAGCUCUACAUGACCUAGUCCAGCGACGUGACGCGGCCCAUCGACGGUGGAAAGCAUCACCUGCAGACCCGGCACUACGCAAUGUCUUCACUUCUGCCCGAGACGAAGCCAAGCGUAUGUCACGACAUCUCCGAGCCACCUACUUUAGGGACCUUCUUGCUGCUAGUCAGGCCAACGCACGAAAAACCUGGCAGACCAUCAACUACCUCAGCGGUCGUAACAAGUCCUCAGUUCCACCAGCCGUCAGUGUCUCACAGCUCAGUGACCAAUUCAGCGGUGUUGUGUCAGACCCAACUAGACCACUACGUCUCUCAGCCCCAUUGGGUCCCACGAAGAAGGAAUGCCUCGAAGAAUUUGCUCCAGCAAGUGUGCAAGAGAUUGCUAAGCUGCUCUCCAACAUCGACGUGCGCAAAGCUGCAGGCAGCGACCAGGUUCCAGCUGCAAUCCUCAAACACUGUUCUCCUGUCCUUGCACCGUCCCUUACCAUACUAAUCAAUGCAUCUCUGGCUUCUGGUGUUGUUCCUGCAUCUCUGAAGAUUGCGGAUGUUCGUCCCCUCUUCAAGCUUUACAGCAUUCCUCCUUCUCAUGAGCUGGGCGGCUUUAAACAUCUGCGCUCCCUCUUUGAGACGCUCUACUUCCUUCGCCGUGUCAGCACACCAGCCGUCCAGGCAAUGGUCAGCUACUACACCAGCAAGGACCUCAAGGGCUGGAGAGGACGGCCGAGGACCAGCCUGCCGGGUACACUAUCUGCUGACUUGGAGGCAACAGAUGCCGGAAAGCUGAGUAGUCUGGAGGACUUGCACAGAAUCAGGAAGAUUGCAGCGGAUAGGGCCGAGUAG